UUUAUUUGACGAUUAUUACUUUGCGAUGGCUGAGCCGGUGUUUGUAUUUAUUAAAAGUUUCAGGUUUCAGUGUAAAGUUUUCUCGAUGUCUGAUGGAAUUACAUGAAAAGCAGCCAUUUUGUCAUACGUCCGCAUCGUUGGCCUAGGGCGCAUGACGUAUGACUUAAUUUUCUGAUAAAAUUUUCCAGGAUUUUCCGUGCCACACACAAUAACUUUAAUUUUUGUGAUAAGGUUUUAAAUAUAGAACAAAUUUUUAUACACUAAACAAUCAUGGAGCAUACUCAAAUCCAGACUGAUGGUGGUCAGGUAAUGACCAUCAAUGGGCAACAGCUGCAGGUUUUGCAGAUGAACAACAGUCCACAUAUGAUCCAAGGUCCUAAUGGACAGCAAAUUGUGAUCCAUGCUAUACCAUCCACUGGGCCUACUAUACAGAUUGGAACACCACAAAUCCAGGUCGUGGCGACACCUGGUGGUCAACAAAUACAACAGUUACAAGUCCUGCCACUGUCCAGCCUUCAAGGAGCUAGCAGCAGCAUUCAGCCUAUGCAGCUGGUCCAAACGCCGGACGGACAGACAUACAUCUAUCAACCCACUGCCAGCGCACCCCAGCCACAAAUUGAUCAACACCAAAUUAUUCAUCAGCCUGGUACUCUCAUAAACCUGAACGGCAACCUCGUGCAAGUGGCGGGAGUGGGCAGCGCGGUGCAGCCGCAGCAAAUUGUUAACCAACCCAACAUUGUUAUGAUGGUGAACAAUAGCGGUGCCACGGCCGCCGCCACGUCCUCAGAAGGCGCCACGUCCUCAGCCGCGGGCUCCGACGAGGAACCGCUGUUGUACGUCAACGCCAGGCAAUACAAGAGGAUCCUCAAGAGGCGCGCCGCCCGCGCCAAGUUGCACGAACUGGGGAAAAUACCCAAAGAAAGGCCUAAAUACCUACAUGAGUCCAGGCAUAGACACGCAAUGAACAGGAUCAGGGGUGAAGGCGGAAGGUUUAACGCUGGAAGUAGAAAAAAUAUGGAGAGAAUGGAACAUAUGGAACACAUGGAAAACACUGAAAGCAAUUCUACCCAAAAGUUGAUGGAGGAUAUCAAACCAGAAACUGUUUCCAUCACCAUUAUUCAGGAGGAUGUUCUCGGUCCGGACGGGGAAGAGUUACAAGAGAACUCAAACACUUGGCGGAGACUCGCUCCCCAGCCGUUGGCGUCCACAUAGCAGAUCAUGCACUAUAGACAUCAGUGAACCAUCUGAAUCGCCAAUAUCUAGUGAAGGAGCAGAUAUUUUGUGAAGAAUCUGUGAAAAGUUGUGAAAAACAAAACAGUGAUGUAUAAAAUAGUGUACGUUUCACGAAUAUUGGAAAGGUAAACGGGCACUUUAGUAUGGAAACCAUACCCACGACAAAAUCAAUAGUAUGUAAUCCAAUACAGUUCUGAUCUACAAUCACAUAGGUUGCGUUGUUGUGGGGAACCACGAAGAAAUUGAAAAAUUUUGGUAUAUGAAAAUGUUUAGUACACCAUACCCUGACUUGUCAUUGACAUCUGAGUGAAACCACCUGCUUCAUUUUAUUAGUGUGUAUAGGUGUGUGACACAGAAACACAAGAAAAACUAACUUAUUUUAUACAAGAGAAUGCCCGCGACUUCGUCCGCGUGGAUUUAGGUUUUUGAAGAUCCCAUGGGAACUCUUUAAUUUUCCGGGAUAAAAAGUAGUCUAUGUCCAUCCCCGGGAUAUAAGCUAACUCUGUACCAAAUUUCGUCAAAAUCGGUUAAACUGUUGGGCCGUGAAAAGGUAGCAGACAGACAGACACACUUUCGCAUUUAUAAUAUUAGUAUGGAUUAACUGUGACGGUCGCUCAAUACGAGAGUGCAAUGAUGUGACUAAUAUGUGAUUACGUGGCUCAUUCGUGUGCUAUUGCACAUGGUAAUUGAAUUAUUUUUCAAUAAUUUUUAUACAAUGAAAGAAAAAAUAUCGAUUGACUUAUAUUCAUUCGUAAUAUUUAAUAACAUUCGCCAUCAAUUAUGAAUCAAAUAUUUAUAUAAUAUACUGAAAGUAUGCAAUAUUAAUUAUCUUUGAUUUCAAACUAUUUUGUUUCAUAACCGCCACUUUCAGAUCAGAUUAUGCCCGUUUACCUUUGGAUUGUGUUGCGCACGUUUGGAUUGCGCAAAAAGGGUGACGGGCGCAGAAAUUGUGCGCAAGCUUUGUUCCUAACUGCACUCUAAAAUAGACUAUAGGGUAGUUUCAAUUUUUCUGGCACUACCAUACCGCCGUCCUAUUUCUAGAAAGUGGUUAACUGCAAAAGUAGCAGUUAUUGAGUUCCCACCAAAAACACGGGAGUUUUCAAAAACUUAUUUGUACCAAAGCUCAAAAUUAUAACAUAAACAUUAAAAGGACAUUCACAAGCACAUAACUUAUCUCUUUGGAGACUUCUUUGACCAUCGUCCUGUAUAGAAUUUUUUUGAGAAACAUCAGUUUUUCCAAAUCUCCAUGUUUUUUGGUGAUAACUCAAAAACUGGUUUUUAGAAAUAGGCAGCAUACUACGAGUAUAGGGUCUCGAUGAGAUAACGAAUAAAUGGUGUAAUUACAUGAAAUAAGAUUUUAUAGGAAGAGGAUAAAAACUGAAUGUGAAAGUUGUCGAAAUUUUACUAUAAUUGUUGUUCGAAAUCACGAAGUUUGGACUCAAAUGAUGAUGAAAUGAGUUUGUAUUCAGUGAUCGAAAUAACGAACUUUGGACUCAAUUUUUAAUCGAAAUGGCGAACUUUGGACUCAAUUUUCAAUCAAGCCCAGUUUUAGGCUGUUUUGCCUGGUUAUGACUUCUUUGUAAAUAGUGGGCCAAAAAUGUCCACAUAAAAGUAUUUUAAUCAGAAGUGUAAUUACACCUUUUUGUUCGUCAGCUCUUCAUAGACUGUUAUAGCAUAGCUGCUAGUGUAUGAGAUAAAUGGGUUAAAUACCUGCAGGUACCAGGUUUGAUUCUCGUUUUUGUUUUAUGUAAGUACCAUAAUAUAUUGUAAUUUUGCUUAAUAUCUUAAUACCUAAAUGAUUUUUAAUCAAGCAACUUUAAAUUAUUGAGUUUGUAAUGGAAUAAUAUUUUGGUUAUUGUACAUAAAUAUUUUGUACACUAUCAUUAUUAUUAUUGACAUCUGUACUGGUUUUUUUUUACAUUUGUUACUAUAAGUUAAUUUGAAAUUAAUUGUUACUUUUAUUACUGGGUUGUUAUACUGGCAAGGUAUUUGGAUUGUUUUAACCGACUUCCAAUUUGGCGCGUAUUUUUUAAAAGUUGUGUUAAAGAAUCAACUAUGUAUUAAAUAUCAUUCUAAUUUGUAAAUAAAAAUUAAUAUAAAUAAUAUAUAAUAUCUCCCACAAUCAUUAAUUUGCGGCUAUUAUUUGACUGAUAGGUAUAUUCUUAAAGAAAUAUUUAUUAUUUAUAAUGGUGCAUCCACACUGCAGCUUUCUGUGGAGCAAUAAAAAAAAUAAAAAAUAUUUUGCAACAUCGAUAAUAUAACAUUAAGAAAUUAACGAUCUUUCUGUAAUUCGUCGUUAGCCAGUAACACUUAGAAAUGUUGUUGUUCUCAAAGUAACUGUGAUGUGGAUAUACCUUUAAAUUUUAUUUUUAUUUAUUAUUAAUUUGGUAGGUAUUUUGUAAGGUGUUGUUUGAUGUAAAAUAAUGUAAAUAUUUUUUGUAUGACAUUAAGAUUAAAUUGAUGUAUUGACAUUUUUUAUUGCAAAGUACAAAAUAUACAUAUUGCACAAGA